AUGGCGUCUUCCAUUUCUAAAUGCUCCAUUUUCCUGCUCCUACUGGGAGUUUUGGAAAUUUCUUCAGCUCCAACUGCUUCCAAACCCGUACUAGAGAAAAUCGAUGCUAUCAGUGCGCUCUACAAAGUUACAAAAGCUAAAGAGGCUUACAUGAAGGCACCUGGGCCAAAAAAUGCCACGAUUGUCAAAGAUUUUGACAGUCAAAUCAAUUUGCUGAGCAUGGGAGUUAACCACCCAGCUGAUGAUCUUGAGCCACCCUACGGAUCUUUUAGAGCACAUCCGCCACCACCAAAUAAGAUUAAAUUUGAUUUUGUUGUGAAGCUCAAUCCGGAGCAACCAUGA